CUCGUGCUGGCCCACAUAUCAGUGUAUGCACAUAGAGUGGGUGGGAAUCUCCAUCCGUUUGGGAACACACAACACAACAACUACCACCCCCACUCCGCUCCUUCCUUCCUUCCCGCAUUUGGAUUUACCCCCAAAUCUUCUCCAAGUCCAAUCGACCUCAUUUCAUUCGAUUCAUCGAUCGCUCGGCGCGGCUUAGGGUUUUUGGCGGCAGCGAUGGCGUCGGAGAAGCACUUCAAGUACGUCAUCCUCGGCGGCGGCGUCGCAGCGGGAUAUGCGGCACGGGAGUUCGCCAAGCAGGGUGUUAAGCCAGGGGAGCUCGCCAUCAUCUCCAAGGAGGCCGUGGCUCCUUAUGAGCGCCCUGCUCUCAGCAAGGGAUACCUCUUUCCUCAGAAUGCUGCAAGACUCCCAGGAUUUCAUGUGUGUGUCGGCAGUGGAGGAGAGAGGCUUUUGCCCGAAUGGUACUCAGAGAAAGGCAUUGAGUUGAUCCUGAGCACUGAAAUUGUCAAAGCUGAUCUUGCCUCCAAGACUUUGACUAGUGCAGUUGGAGCAACCUUUACAUAUGAGAUUUUGAUCAUUGCAACUGGCUCCUCAGUCAUCAAGCUAUCAGAUUUUGGUACUCAAGGAGCUGAUUCCAACAACAUUUUAUAUCUAAGGGAAGUAGAUGAUGCUGACAAGCUGGUUGCAGCUAUCCAAGCAAAGAAGGGUGGAAAGGCAGUUAUUGUAGGAGGAGGUUACAUUGGUCUAGAACUUAGUGCUGCAUUGAAGAUCAAUGAUUUUGAUGUCACGAUGGUGUUUCCUGAACCUUGGUGCAUGCCUCGUCUCUUCACUGCUGAUAUCGCGGCUUUCUAUGAGAGUUACUACACUAACAAAGGAGUUAAGAUCGUGAAGGGUACAGUAGCUGUUGGUUUUGAUGCUGAUGCUAAUGGUGAUGUCACAGCAGUUAACCUGAAGAAUGGCAGUGUGCUUGAAGCUGAUAUUGUUGUUGUUGGUGUUGGGGGCAGACCGCUGACUACUCUCUUUAAAGGUCAAGUUGCUGAGGAGAAAGGUGGAAUUAAGACCGAUGCUUUCUUUGAAACAAGUGUUCCUGGAGUCUAUGCUGUCGGUGAUGUGGCCACCUUCCCCAUGAAGAUGUACAAUGAGUUGAGGAGAGUGGAACAUGUUGACCAUGCUAGGAAGUCUGCAGAGCAGGCUGUAAAGGCAAUCAAGGGAAAAGAGUCCGGCGAGUCCGUUGUGGAGUAUGACUAUCUGCCAUACUUCUACUCCCGGUCAUUCGACCUGGGAUGGCAAUUCUACGGCGACAACGUUGGCGACACCAUCCUGUUCGGAGACAGUGACCCGACCUCUGCCAAGCCCAAGUUCGGGUCCUACUGGAUCAAGGACGGCAAGGUGUUGGGUGCCUUCCUGGAGGGUGGGUCACCUGAUGAGAACAAGGCCAUUGCCAAGGUCGCGAAAACUCAGCCGCCCGUUGCCAACAUAGAGGAGCUCAAGAAGGAAGGCCUCCAGUUCGCCAGCAAAAUAUGAGAUUUUUGUAGUUUUGAUGUACAUUUCCACAUGGUACUCCCCCUAUUGGUUUUCUGAUUGUGAUGCGUCUGUACUCUGUACUCCUCUUAAAUAUGGGCACUUGCUAUAGCUGCUGAGAUUUGAAUAAAGAAGUUUUCUACUACAGCCUUUGCCUUUCACGGUUCAAAGCUACUGGUAUUGUUUUGUGGAAUGGCGGCGGCUGCUGGGCUCUCGCCCAGGCUUGUUGUUACGCCGGGGAGGAGAAGCCACAGCCAUGGACGGCGGCGGAUGUGCUGCGCCGCGGCGGCGGCGGCGCAGGGGGAGAGGAAGACGACGGUGAGGAGCAAGGAGGGAGACGCGGUGGAGUUGUGCCGGGUGGUGAACGGCAUGUGGCAGGUGAGUGGCCCGUCGUGGGGCCGCUACGAGACGCCCGCCGCCGUGGACGCCAUGCUCCGGUACGCCGACGGCGGCCUCUCCACCUUCGACAUGGCUGACAUUUAUGGACCAGCAGAGGAUUUGUAUGGCCUUUUCAUCAAUAGAGUUCGGCGUGAGCGGCCACCUGAGUUGCUUGAAGAAAUCAAGGGGCUAACAAAGUGGGUACCACCUCCGGUUAAAAUGACCAGAAGUUAUGUUGAGGAUAAUAUUAACAGAUCUCGAAAGAGAAUGGAUGUUUCUGCCUUGGACAUGCUGCAGUUCCAUUGGUGGGAUUAUGCAAACCCUGGAUAUCUGGAUGCACUAAAACACAUCACAGACCUAAAGGAGGAAGGUAGUAUUUUGAACUUGGAUCAGAUUUUUAGUCUACUUAUGUGUUUCCUUUCGCAUGUCAUGGUUUUUCAGUACUGACGGAUUCUCGCUUCAUGCCUUGUUUUGUUAUGUACAAUGUGAAGGUAAGAUAAAGACAGUAGCUCUGACAAACUUCGAUACAGACAGGCUGCAGAUAAUUCUAGAAAAUGGUAUCCCAAUUGUCAGCAACCAGGUUCAACAUUCUAUUGUUGACAUGCGUCCGCAGCGAAGAAUGGCAGAACUUUGCCAGCUUACUGGAGUAAAACUUAUAACGUAUGGCACAGUUAUGGGUGGUCUGCUGUCUGAGAAGUUUCUUGACACCAAUGUAUCUAUACCUUUUGCUGGACCUCCUCUGAAUACCCCAUCUUUGCAGAAGUAUAAGCGGAUGGUGGAUGCCUGGGGUGGCUGGAGCCUGUUCCAGGCUUUGCUUCAGACGUUGAAGAAAGUAUCAUUGAAGCAUGGUGUUUCUAUAUCAACUGUUGCUGUGAGAUACAUACUGAACCAGACAUCUGUUGCGGGUUCAAUGGUGGGUGUGAGACUGGGACUCUCUGAACACAUAAAAGACACCAACGCCAUCUUCUCGCUUGAAUUAGAUGAAGAGGACAUGAACAGCAUCACUGAAGCAUCGAAUAAGGGAAGAAAUCUUAUGGAUAUAAUAGGCGAUUGUGGAGACGAAUACAGAGCAUAAUUGUGCAGAGAGAUAAAGAGAGAGAGAGGCAGAGGGGGUAGACCAAUGAGGCGUGUGCCUGCCAGUUUUCUGGAGUUCUGAAAUCUGAUCUGUUUUGUCAUGAACGUAGUGUGCAGCAGCUAUCUGAUCUUCCAGUAUACUACUACUCCAGAUCAGUGUGUAAACCAACCUCCCAAAAGAAAGUGGCAUUUUAUAAGAACUGUACAUACACAAGACAGAUUAUAAUUUGAUAUGCCCAUUAAUACGGAUUCGAUUUGCGCAGUUAGC